UAAAGGCUUUGGUUUGAUGAAAAAAGCCUUGAAUCUGGCAAUUGAAACUGGUUAUACUGAGGAGUUGUAUGAGAUGCAUCAGGAGCUUAUAGCAGAUAUGGAACAGCAACUUGCAGAACUAGAAGGAAAUAUUAUGCAAUCAGAUAACAAAAAUCAUUAUGCAUUAAUAAACAACUCACCAAUGUCACGAACAAAGGCCGAAUGUGCCAUAAAUGCAUAG